CUACUUUCUUUGCACAAGCGGGGUUGUAACUUGUAAGAAUAAUGGUAUCAUCUAUCUGGCGUCAGUAAAUUCUGAUAUCGUCAGCUUUGUAUACAUUCGUUAUCAUAUCAGCCGCGGCAACACAAGGCUAGUUCGACGCCCCUCAGCAAGCUCGACGCGCGCCUCCUGCUGCGCUCUCCCCUCGCCUCCGCUCCCCCCGCCGCCUGUUUGACUGACUGACUGAUGCAGUUUCCUCUCGGUCGUCGUGGAGUCCACACGUCUCGUCUACGUAAAAAGCUUCACGUAUCCGAGCUUUGUAUGUUUUAUGUGUAAGGUGUCAUCAGAAUUACGGUGCCGCAUUGUCCUCACUUAAAUCAUCUAGUGCUUGUGAACCUGUGAACGGCUCCGUUGACAUAUCUUAUCUUAAAGUGAUUAAAACUGUUUGUUGUUGCAAUAGUAUUUUAAACUAAGUUUUAACAUAAUUUUUAAACACGGGAUGUUUUGAAACAUUAGGAUCUUUAUCUCAAAGGUAACAGCUUGGCGCGGCGUAGCGGGCGGGCCGCGCCAUGGGUAACAAAUGCUGCAGCCGCCGCCAUGACCCGGAACGACCUCUAGUGUACCCAGCGUACAAGAAGAACGAGCCGGGGUUCACCGCCUGCCCGUCGCUAGAGACGCGCUACACCGGCGAGCCCAACAACCGCGCGCCGCGCCGCACCGCCGACAUCGUGCGAACACGAAACCCGGGAACAUGUAUAACCAACGGCGGACGGCGUGUAGUCAAAGCGCUAUGCGCUUACACGGCGCGCGCCGACUCCGACAUCUCGUUCCGCAAGGGCGACCGCAUGGAGGUCCUCAACGACGCCGAGACGGACUGGUGGCGAGUCUUGCACCUCACCACCAGGCGGGAGGGGCUCGUGCCUGUCAACUUCGUCGCCGAGGAGAGCUCUGUCGAGUGCGAAGAUUGGUUCUUCCCCACCGUUUCAAGAAAGGAAGCGGACAAGCUCCUACUAGCUGAGAGUAAUCCUCGGGGCACGUUCCUCGUGCGACCCGCCGAACACAACCCGCACGGAUUCAGUCUCAGUGUGAAGGAUUGGGAGGAAGGCAGAGGGUACCAUGUGAAGCAUUACAAGAUCAAGCCGUUGGACAAUGGAGGGUUCUAUAUAGCGACGAAUCAGACGUUCCCGAGCUUGCCGGCGCUCGUCAUGUCGUAUACAAAGAACGCGCUAGGCCUCUGCCACGUGCUGGCGCGGCCCUGCCCCAAGCCGGAGCCCCAGAUGUGGGACCUCGGCCCCGAGCUGCGGGACAAGUGGGAGAUCCCGAGGAGCGAGAUACAGCUCAUCAGGAAACUAGGACAGGGGAACUUCGGAGAAGUCUACUAUGGAAAAUGGCGGAAUAAUAUUGAGGUCGCCGUGAAAACACUACGAGAGGGCACCAUGUCCACACAAGCGUUCCUGCAGGAGGCAGCUAUUAUGAAGAAGUUCAGGCACAAGAGACUGGUCGCGUUAUACGCGGUCUGUUCAACACAGGAACCCGUCUACAUAGUCCAAGAGUACAUGAGCAAAGGCAGUCUUCUAGAAUUCCUCAGAAACGGGGAGGGCAAAUUCCUACACUUCGAAGACCUUGUCUACAUCGCCGCGCAAGUCGCCUCCGGCAUGGAAUACCUCGAAUCCAAACUCCUCAUACACAGAGACUUAGCCGCCAGAAACGUACUAAUAGGCGAGAAUAACAUAGCCAAAAUAUGCGACUUCGGUCUCGCGAGAGUCAUAGAAGACAACGAAUACUGCCCCAAACAAGGGUCGCGGUUCCCGGUCAAAUGGACCGCCCCCGAGGCGAUCAUUUACGGAAGAUUCUCAAUCAAAAGCGACGUAUGGUCGUACGGUAUCCUACUCAUGGAGCUGUUCACGUACGGACAGAUACCGUACCCGGGACUACACGGGAAAGAGGUCAUAGAGCAAGUCGAACGAGGGUACAGAAUGCCCAAGCCGGUGGGGCACUGUCUGCCGGACGACAUCUACCGGCUGAUGCUGCAGUGCUGGGACGCCAUCCCCGAGAAGCGGCCCACCUUCGAGUUCCUCAACCACUACUUCGAAUCGUUCACAGUGACCAGUGAGAUACCGUACAGAGAAGUGCAAGACUAGUGCUUAGGUGCUGUGAUAUAGUAGAUUAGUGCGAGACUGUGUAAGGUCCUUAGCGAAUUAUGGAAUCGUGGUGACGGACGCUUUCGGUGCCUAGAGAACGCUACGGUUUCAUACUUUUAGUAUUUUUAUACUCGAAAGCGUUAUAACAAUACAGGAAUGUGUGAGCUUGUCGUUUUUAUUAGCCGGCUUCCGUUUCCGAGCCGCGAGCGACAAUGCCGAUUACGAAAUUACGCAUAAGUCCACUAAAAUAUUUUUAAGAGUAAAAUAUAGUUGUGCAAAUUUUCACUUUAUAUUUUCUUAUUUAUUAGCGACGGUAGCUUUAUGAGCGCACGUAGUAUUGUUUUGCAUUUUGUACAAAUGAGAAUGUUCACUAAAAACGUAAGCAAUAAGAUUAAAAACAAUAUAAAAUGUUAACACGAUAUUUUUCAUAUUCUAAAAUGGUAUGUGAUACAUUAUCACUUAAGGCACAACACUACAGUAAUUAA